AUGACUGAUUUGGACUCAGUUGCUUUGGCAACACCAGUGUGUAUAGUGAUCCCAGCCAACAGAGAAUUAGAGACUUAUAUGGAGCCGAGUAAUUCCAAAAAGGCAGAUGUGACGAUAGAUCAUAUGUUGGCAAUAGUUCCUUAA